ACGGAGGAGGAGGAAGAGAAUCAGUCGCUGUCGGUGGUAAGGGGGUGCGGGGAAUGCAGAGCUACCAUUUGCAAUAUUAAAGCCUCAGGGUAUUAGAGAAGAUGGCAUUCAGUAAAGGAUAUCGUAUCUAUCACAAACUGGAUCCACCUCCCAGUUCUUACAGUGUGAUAGUAGAAACCCGAAACCGGGAGGACUGUCUGCUGUUUGAGUCUGGAGCUGUGGCUGUUCUCUCAUCAGCAGAGAAAGAGGCCAUCAAAAACAUGUACACCAAGCUACUCGAUGCAUAUGGUCUUUUGGGAGUUUUGAGAUUGAAUCUUGGUGACAACAUGUUGCUUUACCUUGUGCUAGUUACUGGGUGUAUGUCAGUGGGAAAGAUACAAGACUCUGAAGUCUUCAGAGUUACCUCUACUGAAUUUAUUUCUCUUCAAAAUGAGCCUUCAGAUGAGGAACGUAUCUCUGAAGUACGAAAGGUGUUGAAUUCUGGGAGUUUCUAUUUUGCUUGGUCUUCCAGUGGUGUCAGUCUAGACUUGAGCCUGAAUGCUCAUCGUAGAAUGCAAGAGCAUACAACAGAUAAUCGUUUUUUUUGGAACCAAUCAUUACACUUACACCUGAAGCAUUAUGAUGUGAAUUGUGAUGAAUGGGCUCUGAGACUCAUGUGUGGAGGAGUGGAGAUCAGGACUAUCUAUGCUGCGCACAAACAAGCAAAAGCUUGCUUGAUUUCACGCCUCAGCUGUGAAAGAGCAGGGACCAGAUUCAAUGUGCGAGGAACAAAUGAUGAUGGGCAAGUGGCUAACUUUGUUGAAACGGAGCAGGUAAUAUUCUUGGAUGAUUGUGUGUCCUCUUUUAUCCAGAUCCGAGGUUCUGUCCCAUUGUUCUGGGAACAGCCAGGGCUUCAGGUUGGGUCCCAUCGUGUACGAAUGUCCAGGGGCUUUGAAGCCAAUGCACCUGCCUUUGACAGACAUUAUAGAACACUGAAAAAGCUAUAUGGGAAGCAAACGAUAGUCAAUUUGCUAGGAGUGAAAGAAGGAGAGCACAUGCUCAGUAAAGCAUUCCAAAGUCACUUGAAAGCCUGUGACCAUGCUGUGGAUGUUCCCAUGGUGAAUUUUGACUACCACCAGCAGGUAAAGGGUGGGAAGGCAGACAGACUUGUAAAUGUGCUGAAACCCAAACUGGAAAAAUUUCUGGACGAGUGUGGCUUCUUUUAUUGUGAUUCCAGUGGAGUUCAGGGAUGUCAGACUGGUACCAUCAGAACCAACUGUCUCGAUUGUCUUGACAGAACGAAUAGUGUGCAGGCCUUCUUUGGGUUGGAGAUGCUUUACAAGCAGCUCGACAUUUUGAGACUAGCUGAGAAGCAGCAGAUGGUCACAAGGUUUCAAGAAGUCUUCCGUUCCAUGUGGUCAAUGUGUGGUGACUCGAUCAGUAAAAUUUACGCUGGAACUGGAGCCCUGGAAGGAAAAGCUAAGGGUGGAAAGCUUAAGGAUGGAGCUCGCUCAGUGACCAGAACCAUUCAGAAUAAUUUCUUUGACAGCUCCAAGCAAGAAGCUAUUGACAUCUUACUACUUGGUAAUACCUUGAACAGUGACUUGGCAGAUAAAGCUCGAGCGCUCUUAACAACAAGCACGUUGCAUGUUCCAGAAUUGACACUUCAAUCAGCUUCCCCUCGAGUCUUGCAUGGGAUGUGUGAAAACUAUCAUAAGUAUACAAAACCAAAACGUAUCAGAAUCUGUGUUGGAACGUGGAAUGUAAAUGGUGGAAAGCAGUUUCGCAGCAUUGCUUUCAAGAAUCAAACUCUGAAUGACUGGCUGUUGGAUGCACCAAAAAAAGUUAAUGUUCAGGAAUUUCAAGACAAGGGGAGCAGACCUGUGGACAUUUUUGCUAUUGGAUUUGAGGAAAUGGUUGAGCUGAAUGCAGGAAAUAUUGUAAGUGCAAGCACCACUAAUCAGAAGCUGUGGGCAGCUGAGAUCCAGAAAAGUAUCUCCAGGGAUUGCAAGUAUGUUCUUUUGGCUUCUGAGCAGCUCGUGGGUGUCUGCUUGUUUGUCUUUAUCCGACCACAGCACGCACCAUACAUCAGGGAUGUAGCAGUUGACACUGUAAAGACUGGAAUGGGAGGAGCCACUGGUAACAAAGGGGCAGUUGCUGUACACAUGCUGUUCCAUGCCACCAGCCUCUGCUUUGUUUGCGCACAUUUUGCUGCUGGCCAGUCACAGGUCAAGGAAAGGAAUGAAGAUUACAUUGAAAUAGCUCGCAAACUGAGUUUUCCAAUGGGGAGAUUACUGUUUUCUCAUGAUUAUAUAUUUUGGUGUGGAGAUUUCAAUUACCGCAUUGAUCUUCCAAAUGAAGAAGUAAAAGAGCUGAUCAGACAACAGAGCUGGGACACACUUCUGUCAGGGGACCAACUUAUUAAUCAGAAAAAUGCUGGACAUAUUUUCCGGGAAUUUUUAGAAGGCAGAAUAAAUUUUGCACCAACUUAUAAAUAUGACCUGUUCUCUGAUGAUUAUGACACAAGUGAGAAAUGUCGAACUCCAGCCUGGACGGAUCGAAUUCUUUGGAAAAGAAGAAAAUGGCCUGUUGACAAAUCAGCUGAAGACCUGGAUUUGCUGAAUUCGAGUAUUAAGGAUGAACCAAAGCUAACUAACUCAUGGAGUCCUGGAACGUUGGUAUAUUAUGGAAGAGCAGAACUGAAAACGUCUGAUCAUAGGCCUGUGGUUGCUACUAUAGAUAUAGACAUAUUUGAGGUGGAUCCUGAGGCUCGACAAAGAGUAUACAAGGAAGUUAUUGCUCUGCAGGGACCAACUGAUGGCACAGUGGUAGUGUCACUGACCAGCUCCUCCCCAAACCAGGAUCAUUUUGAUGAUAACUUGAUAGACCAGCUGCUUCAGAAGUUUGCUGCAUAUGGUGAUGUUAUUUUGAUAAGGUUUGUAGAAGAUAAAAUGUGGGUGACAUUCUUGGAAGGCAGUUCUGCUCUAGCAGUGCAGAGGUUAAAUGGCACUGAAGUUUUGGGCAGGAUACUCGAUAUUUGUCUAAAGAAUCCAGAUUGGAGCAGCAGAUUGGAGGAAGAGAUGAGUCUGGAAAGAAUUGGCCUUGGUUUACCAGUCUCUUCUAGCUCCAUGCUGCUUGGAGAAGAUACAGAUGUUUCUGCUGACUAUGAUAUGGAAGGUGAUGUGGAUGAUUAUGGUGCUGAAGUAGAUGAAAUCCUUCAGCAUUUGCAGCCUGUCUCUGGUUCAGGUUCAGGCACCUCUCCUGGCUCAACCCCGAGGACAAGUCCAUGUCCAUCACCCACAAUACCAGAGGUGCCCCUGCCAACACUGCCUAGCAGACCAAGUAGAGCAGCUCCAAGAGGUUCCACAGGUCUACAGGAACAGUCACAUCAAGAUUCAUCAGAGCUCCAGCAGGUUCCAGUGCAGAAGGAAAGUAAUCAAACUCUGGAGCCGAAGCGGCCACCUCCACCGCGUCCUGCAGUACCUCCUUCAAGACCUGCUCCACCUCAAAGGCCACCACCUCCUUCAGGUCCUGGGGCACCCGUCAGUCCAGGGUUAGCUAGAAAGGAAAUGGAAGGCCGUGUCCAACCACCUCCAAAAGCAACCCUGAAUUCAGCUAGUGCUGGAGCUGGUGCCGCAUCCAGACCGAGCAUACCACCACGAGCUGGGGUUGUCAGUGCACCAGCUAACGUACCUAUCAAGACAGCCACAGGAGUACCACUCUCAGAAGCUCAAAGCAAAGCUCCAGAAUUGUCAAAAGGACCAAUGCUCUUGCCGGAACCACUGAAGCCAAAUGUUGCUGCUGCUCUUUCACUGCAACCUCCCCCUAUUAGUUCCCAGAAGCUGCAGGAGCCUCUUAAACCUGUUGGUUUGAAACCUAUUUCUCAGACGCCGCCCCCUUCUCUUGGCUUAGAUCAUCUAGCACCACAGGCUCCACCCCGCAGCAAAUCCGCCCAGAACCUGCCAACAGAACCUAUUAUUGCAGAGCAGCUGAUAGCCAAUGUUAAUGGAUUUAACAAUGGAGGACCAUCUGACAUUGACCCUUUUGCUGAUCUUUCACUUGACCGGCUUGCUGACCCUUGGACAAAGACCCAGUUAUCAAGUGGAAACACUAAGUUGCAGCCAGCGUAUGCCCGUACAUCUCCUAAUUUGUGCCAGCAACAAUCUAUUCAGCCCUUCGUAUCAGCACAAACUAAUUGCAUGCCAUUUGUACCUCCCAUUCCUCCCCGAAGUAAAUCACAGGAGAGCUUCCAAGUCUCUCCUAGUCCUUUGAAUUUCCUGUCUGAUGGCAAUGCCUCCAACACAAACCCUUUUACUCGAAAAACUGGUUAUAAUCCUUUUAGGACUGAUGUUCAAAACCCUGCUCAAAGGCCUGCUGUUGCAUCACAACUAUCUGUGCAAACCAGCAGCAGUUAUCCUGCCUUUUCCACUAACUCACUGACUGCUGGAGCUGGAAUUGGCGAAGCUGCUUUUUCAUCAAAUCCAUUUGUAGGCAACAGUAUAUUUCAAAGCAAACCUGCUGCAAGUGACAAAAUGCAAACCAGUGGGUGGGUGACCUUUGAGGAUAAUGAUUUUAGUCUAAAAGGAACUCUGUCAACAGGUGCAAAACAAAUUGACAACCAGGACCCUUGGAAUGACAAUGUUAGCAAUUUGUCAUUGCAGAACACACACAAACUCUUUCCAAGUACAGAUUUUGGGGUUGGUAAUGACUGGAAUACAAGUGACACAGCAACUGGUGCUUCAGUACAUGUACCAGCUCAAAGAGUGCCACCUCCUGUACCUUUGAGAACAAAUGUCAGCAUCCCGAUUUUGCCAUUCAACUCAGAGGCACCUGCUUCUUUAUCAAAACAGAACUUCACCAAAAGAUGAAAUGUGUUCCAACAAGGUGUGAAGGCUAAUUUAAAAAAAUACUUGUAAUUUGAAUUCUUUGUCGGGGCUUUACAUGUGCAAUAUGUUGUGUUUAAAAUGUCAAACACUUGGCAUCUCUUGUACAAGAAGUUCAACAUUGGUAUGAUUUUGUAUGGUCAGCAAAUUAUUUACAGUAUUUUAUUAAGGGUGCACAUUCAAAAUCUACCAUAUCCUGGAUGUGAUAUCAAAUAGUCAAUGGUCUUUUGGGAAUUGAGCUCUUGCAAGAUGCAGUUAAAAUUAUGCGCAAGGAAAAAUGGUAAUGAUAUGGAUUACAUGCCUGUGUUUUUAUUGAAAAUGUGAAAUUACGCUGGCUAAAGCAACACUGUUCUCUGAACCCGUCCAAGAAAUCUUGGUUCAAAUCUGACUUGCUAUAAGUUGCAAUUUAACUAACCCUUGUUAAACUUUUGGUGUUGGUCUAGUUGUUCUCAGCGCAUUUACCUAAUUUUCAUCCUUUGUAACAUGUUGGUUCAGAUUAUCCAAUUCUGUAUUCUUAUAACAAAACUUCCGAGCAUUUUAAUUCAUUUAAAUAAAAUCCAAGGUUGGCCUAGGAUUUUGGUAAAACUUACUAGUGCAUGUAGCCAUCCAGCAUGUGAAGUACAUUUUUUUUCUUGUUUACCUUGACACACUGCUCCUUUUAGGUUUGGGAACUGAUUUUGUCUGAAUGGACAGAUAUUACCCAUGUUGUUCAGUGAGAAUGAAACUACUCAGUUAAUGAUUGUACAAAUGUUUGACCAUCACCAAACUGGUACACUCUUCUAAUGAAAUCAGAGUUUCACUUUGGUGGUUGUGGGCAUACAGCAGCACUAUUGGAGCGAACUGGGUUGUAUUCAUUGUUGUCAGGCCCAGUAAGUCUAAUGACCACUAUGGAAUGCAUCUCUGUGAUAGUGCUCAGUCAUUUGAGGACUAUGGCCUGAGUUCCGUUGAUGGAAUGGAUGUGUAUUCACUCUGACUAUAAGAGUCUUUACAGAAAUAAAUUUGGGUAAUAUCUACCCAAUUCCUAUAAGGCAUAGUACAACACAAUAAUAGUUAUAAAAUUAACAUCUUCGCUGGGGAAUGGCUGAGAGAGGAAUUGUGCAAAUGAAGUUGGGCUUUUCUGAGUUGACCAAGGCACAUGGCACAUUCUUGAAGGCAAAAUAGAGGGAGCACCUAAACUGUGCUACACUUGAUUUGGAAGGUGGGCAGUCUUGAUCCUGACAUUGCAUCCCUGAAACAUAAUAUUUUAUUCCUAAGUGUUAAUGUCCCCUGUCUUAAUGAGCACAAAAACUAUUCCCUGCAUUUUACCUUUACCCAAAAAAAUUCUUUCUCGAAGAUUGCUGGUUAAUAAUUUAACCUCAUUCAUUGGCAGAUGGAUCUGGUUAAUAGGAUGCUAACUGCCAAUUGGUCAGUCGAUGCUGUGAUUAAAAUGUACAUUACAUUAGUUUUCACUUAUUAACCUAGUUGCAUUAACUUUGUGCAUCCCCCAGCAUCAAACUUUAUCCUCACCUAAAGUUAAUUAUAUCACUUCCUAAAACUUAAGCUUUCAUUCAAGAAAAUAAAAGCUUACCUACAGUUAUCCACCAUUUUUCUCUGGUCUAGGAGGAGGCUACUGUGUAAUAAUGCCUCUAAUUUGCUAACUCUAGUUAUCAUAAAUGAAGCCAUGUUCCAUUCCCAGCACCAGCAUCCUUCAUGUUAACAAGCACACUUAGCGCACCCCCCCUGCCAACAAAGGUCCUAUCUACAAACUAAUUUUAUUUUAUAUAUAAUAUAUUAUCAUUUCUAUAAUGUAUUCAUACCUGCUGGUGAUUAGCAGUUGGUCAGUUUGAUUUAUAGAAAAAUCUAUUUCAUAAAUUAUGCAUGUGUCUAUAUAAACCAAGGUCAUAACAGCAGUUAUGGAGCGAGUCUACCAAAUAAGAGACCAGAAUCUCCUUUAUCAAUAGAAAACAGUAAAUGUUCCAAAUUGCCCACCAAAUAUUACCAAAGCCUGGACAUCUGACAUUUUAAUUUUUGGACAAAUUCUUCUGUCGGUUUGACAUAAUGUGAAUGCUCAUUUGUAAGGCUUUUGCUGCAAUUGUGUUAAUGCAUUGAACUGUUGGUCACUGCACAUGUUUAUGUUCAGAUGCAGUAAAUAAUGUCAAAUUACCAUUAACCAAGCAAUCUAUUGAAAAUGCAGAUCAGAGAACAGGUAGGUAUUUCUUUUGGUCCAUUUCAAAACUAUCCUCUGUUAGUCUUUUAUUGAGCCAGCUAAAUAUUUCUGAACUGCAUUAAUAUAUGAAAAUGGAUUGGUCCUUUCAUCGAAUGGAAAAUGUGAUCAAAAAUGCUGAAACAGUAAAACAACAUCUUGCAGCCUUGCUGUAGUUAGUGCAUUGGCUAAAUUCUCACUACUGAUAUCCAAAAAAGGCAUUAUUAUAAUGCUUUUGCUGCUGUUCUUUUUGCCUGUAGUGCAAUGGGAAAUCACUGUUUAAAAAUUACUUUCCUGUCACAUUUCAACAAAUACACUUAUACAUGUAAAUGGUGUGUAAGUGUAUAACUCUUCAUUUUAGUAUCCAGUUUUAAAAUGUUCAAUGUGGUAUGUUCAAUCGAAAUAAGGCAUUGCUGGUGUUCACAUUUCCAGUUUGUAACUGUUGAGCUUUCCGCUGACUUCUGUGGCUUACGAAGGACUGCAACAAAUAUGUAAUUUGCAACACCUCAAACAAUGUAUAACAAGUUCUAACUGCAACGUGUCACUGUGGUAAUUUGGCUGUUUCCUGAUCUUUUAAAAUGUUUAUCAAUGUGUAUCUAUAAUCAUAUAAAUUAAGCUUGGUAUAUUAUGCUCAGCGGACAACAUGUCUUAAUCUUUUCCUGAAGACUGCAGUAUUGAGACUAAUGUGUGCAUAAUAAAUUGUACAUAUCCUGUGA